AUGAGACUGACUAGACCAUCACUGUACACCAGUGUCCCUGUAACAAAUGAAUCUCAAGAUCUGCCAGGUAAAUCACAUUUCUUGUAAAAAAUUUUUAUUAGAAAACUAGGUGAAUCAGGUUUCAUUAUUUUAGGGUCAUUAAACUAAGAAAACAGACCUGAAACUUUAUUCACUCAGCUUCCUCACCCUAGUCACCAAACUUAAGAGUCAUUCGGUAUUCUGCAUUUGUCAAAUGCUGAAUCAGAUGCAGAAUGCCAAAUGACUCUGCAGUUUAGUAAAUAGUGUUAGAAGGUUGAGUGAAUCAGGGUCAUUAUUCUGGGAGUGAAAAGUAACCUGAAACUUGAUUCACUCAGUUUCCUAACCCUAAUUGCCCAACUUCAGAGUCAUUUGGCAUUCUGCCUACGGUAUCAGUGGUCAGCGAAAUACCCCUCCCAGUACAGGUGUCACUUUACCCUGUGAACAACCAUGCAGCAGCCUGUUUUAUCAUGACAAGCAUCUUUUUCAUCACUAACUGUAAAUUUUAUUGCAUGCAGAAAUUCCCCUGGCCAUUAGUGAUAACCCUGGACUCUACUUUAUUAUUUUUUAUUGCAACACCUUAGAAAGGUUCUUCAUCAUAGGGCCAUUUUUGUAGCGUAUCGAAUAUCUAUCUGGCUGGCAUUUAUACCACAUUCCAGUAUUAUUCUUGUUUAUAUCAAUUUUCACCAGCUUUUUAUCAAACCCAACAUAUACAGUAAGUAAUACAUGUGUAUUUAGCUAAUAAUAAUGAUGAUAAAAUACUAAUAAUCAUAAUCAUAAUAACUAGUAUAAUAAAAUAUUAUUAUAAAUUAUAAUGAUACACUGUAUAAUAGUUGGUAAAAUGGUUUUUCUUAGGAGAUACAUUUGAGGAUGCUCAUCUAUCCGAUAUAACUUCAGUAAAAGGACUCAGUACCUUUGCUUUAGGGGAAUUAUUUGUUUUGCCACAGACAUUCGGGUAA